AUGGCACGUCACUGCGGGGCCAACGUGCCAGGUUUGGCUGCGCCCCCGCGCAGUGCCCUCCGCAGGAAGACCGCCGAGCCCCUCCCGGCCGCCCAGCUCCAGCGCGCCUCGGGGCCUGGGAACCGCGCACCGGCUGCGCCCCGAGCCCCGCGGGGCGGCGGGACGGACGGCGCCCGCGCCCAAUCGCGGGGCGGGGCCGAGGGGGCCGGCAGGCGGCUGCCAAUGGGAGGCCGCGGGGCGGGCGGGGGGCGGUGCCGCCGGGCGGGCGGGCGGAGGUGUCGGGAGCCGGCGCGGCAGAGCGGGAGUCCGGGAGGAGCCGGCGGAGCGGGAGGAGGACGGAGGAGGAGGAGGAGCAGCGCCGCGCCCCCGCCCCGGCCGCCCGCCCGCCCGCCCGCCCGCCAGAGCGCAGGCCGACCGCUCCAGCCGCAGCCGGCGGGUCCCGGCCGCCUCCCGCCGGAGCCCGGCGCGGGCAGGGUCCGGGCCGAUGGGCAGCCCCGGGCAGCGGCGGGCGGCGAGGCGGCGACCCCGGUACGCGCCGCCGCGCGCUCGCGGGCUGUAGCAGGUCCCGGCGGACUGCGUCUCCGAGGUGCGUUCGCGGCGAGGAGGGUUCCGCUCGGGAGCCUCUGGGUCGUGUCCGGGGACUGUCCUGAGGUGAAGGGGCCGCCCUCGGGGGCGCCUCGGAGUUUGACGGGGGGCCGGGGCGCGGGGCGAGGGUCCGGCCGGCAGAUGCGCCCGCGCUCCCGAGCCGGGGUGGGAGAGGAGCCGCCGCCGCUCGUUCUCAAACUUAUCGAUCGGCUGAAAGGUUAUUCCCGUCUCGUAGACGCGAGCACUAAGGAGGAGUCUCCGGGCGCGCAGCGACUCCUCCGUGACUAACCCGAGAGAAGAAGGUUGCCCGGCGCGGUUCCCCAGCGCGCCGGGCGGGGUCACUUGCUGAACUUGCUGCGGGGUUUAUUCCCCGGUAAGGCGUGUGCCCGGGGCGCGAGCCCUCGCGGCGCCCGCCCCUCUUUGUAAGGUCCCAGCGGCCGGCGAGCGCCCUUUCUCGGGGCCCGACGGCUCCCCGGCUUCCCCGGCUCCGCGUCUCGCUCCAUCCUCGGCUCGCGGUCCUGCUCGGGCCCCCGUUUCGUGGAAGCUCGUUUGGCCAGGUCCCGGGAGUAUCCCCACGAGCACCUACGGAUUAAUUUUCAACCGCUCCACAAACCCAAAGAAUCAGUCUCGGUUCAUCGUCUGCCAGCGAGAGCCGAUCCUUCUCGGGAAGAGAAAACAAGUUGGCAUGACCCCUCUGGGAGACAUUUGUCAUCAUUAACCUGCUUCGGUUAAAUUAAUUCAGCCCAGGAUGACUCCAGCGUCCACAAACACUUAUCCCGCUGUACCUCCUGCCGUGGGAGGGCCUGGAGGAGGACUCAGACAGGCUCAGCCUCCAGGGAGCAGCCUCGUGACAGCAUUCACUCCUUUUCCAUCCAUCCCUGCAAGCUUUCACCUGUUCAGAACAGACCUUCCUGGGCUUCCCUGGUGGUGCAGUGGUUGAGAAUCUGCCUGCCAACACAGGGGACACGGGUUCGAGCCCUGGUCCGGGAAGAUCCCUCAUGCCGCGGAGCAGCUAAGCCCGCGCGCCACAACUACUGAGCUUGAGCUCUAGAGCCCGCGAGCCACAACUACUGAGCCCGCGUGCCACAAUCACUGAAGCCCGUGCGCCUAGAGCCCGUGCUCCACAACAAGAGAAGCCACCGCACUGCAACGAAGAGUAGCCCCGCUCGCCGCAACUAGAGAAAGCCCGUGCGCAGCAACGAAGACCCAACACAGCCAAAAAUAAUUAAAUAAAUUUAAAAACUGACCUUCCUGGGGAAUUCCCUGGCGGUCCCGGGAAUUCACUGCCGAGGGCCCCGACUUCCAUCCCUGAUCGGGGAAGUAAGAGCCCACAAACUACAUGGCGUGGCCAAACACAAAGAAACAGACAACCCAACACUGAACUUUCUGGGAGAAAGAUGGGAAUUUUUAAAAAAGCAUUUGGAACAUCCCAUGGAAGAGCAAAGUAGCGUUUCUUUGCUGUUGCAGAAGACGGAGGUGGGGUGAGGGCUUGCGGGGGUGCUGCGGCGUCCGUGUCUAACUUCCUUUGCUUCCAGGGCAGUGAGUAGGAGCCAGUUUUCAAGUGGGGACUCGGGGCCACACAGUCUUGAGGUCUCUUUAAACUUUGGUGUGCUAAGGUUUCCAGGUUAGCAGAGGGUGCCCUUACUUAGGGUGUGAGACCCUGGGGGCAGGGACCUGGUCACUGUGUCCCAGUGCUCUGGCCCAGGGAAGUGUCUGGCACAGUCAGCAAAUGAACCAACUCAGUGUUUCAGGCCUCAGGGGAGCCUAAGGGUGAUGCUGGAAUCAGUCGUCCUCAUGGUGCUGAUUCCUAAGUACGAGCAUGUAAGAGAACGGUUUACCUCCUAGGUCUGCUGAUUUUGGUAGAGUGGCUUGCCCUGGUAGUUGAUGAACUGUAAGUGUCCUGGUCUAGCUGAUGGCCACACAUGAUGUAUGUUAGAAGAUUCCUGUGUAAGAUGGGCACUACAGCUUCUUUCAGAGGAAAGACCCUGUGGGUGGUAGAGGGCCUGGUGGGUGGGCAUAGUCAGGAGAACAUUCAAGGAAAAGGGAGGACCCGAGUUAGGCUUUGGAAAAUGGUCAGGGUUUUACUUUUUGUUGAAGGGCUCUUGUAUGCAAGGCCACUCCUGGCUCUGCAGGGGACCAGCAAAUACAGAUCAAACUGUCUCUUAGCCCUUCGCCUGAUCGCAGUACUGUCUCCAUGAACUUACUCAGAGGCCUAAAACCAAACUCAGAUCCUAGCCUGGUUUGGGUUUUUCAACCCCCAAACUGAACUUUAUUAACAAAAGCAACUUCAAGAGAAGUGAUGGACAUUAUUUUUGGAAUGAUGAUUAACUUGUCUAUCACGUAAGGUAGUCAGUUCAAUUUUUUCCCCAUUGUAAUUUGCUAAAGGUUAUAGAAUGUGUCUGUAAACCUAAAGGGGAAAAUAUUUUGGACUCAUCAGAGAUAGAAAGUGAACAUUUUUUUGAUCUGAGAUGUAAUUGACAUAUGACAUUAUGUUGGUUUCGGGCAUACAACAUAAUGAUUCCAUACUUGUAUAUAUUGUCAAAUGAUCAUCACGAUAAGUCUAGCUAACGAAGUCUAGUUAACACCGCCACACAUAGUUACAAAGUUUUGUCUUUCUCUUGUGAUGAGAACUUUUUAAGAUCUACUGUCUUAGCAGCUUUUUUUUUUUUAAUUAAUUAAUUAAUUAUUUAUUUUUGGCUACAUUGGGUCUUCGUUGCUGUGCGCGGCUUUCUCUAGUUGUGGUGAGCGGGGGCUACUCGUUGCUGCGGUGCGUGGGCUUCUCAUUGUGGUGGCUUCUCUUGUUGCGGAGCACGGGCUCUAGGAGUGCGGGCUUCAGUAGUUGUGGCACGCAGGCUCAGUAGUUGUGGCUCGAGGGCUUCAGAGUGCAGGCUCAGUAGUUGUGGUGCAUGGGCCCAGUUGCUCUGCGGCAUGUGGGAUCUUCCCGGACCAGGGCUCGAACCUGUGUCCCUUGCACUGACAGGCGGAUUCUCAACCACUGCACCACCAGGGAAGCCCGGCAACUUUCAAAUAUGCCUUACGCUAUUAUUAAUUAUAGGCAUCAUGCUGUACAUUACACCCCCAAGACUUGUUCAUCUAAUUAACUGGAAGUUUGUACCUUUUGACCGUAAUGUUUUGGUAUAAAAUCACUGAAUCUGCUUCAGUUAUUUGUCCAGAGAA